AUGGCCUACCCUUGUCCAUAUGGCGCCUGCAAUCCUGCCGAGGUGGAUGAGUGGAAGAAAGAAUGUGAAGCCAUUCACGAAAAGCGACGGCAAAAGAAAGAGUUGAAGAGAGCAGCAAAGUGCAAAGCUCUUGGAUCUCCCUCUCGUCCACCUCCAAAAUACUCCGCCCUCCCAUGCCGUCUUUCUCGCUACUCAUUGUCUUGCCCCGUCUGCCGCCUGCGUGAUCUGAAAUCGAUACUAAGACGAUGGGUUGUCCAACAGAGAAAGCCGUAUUCGGCUGUAUCAGUACAAAUUGAUCGCAUGACCAGCGAGCAGUUUGAGGAAGACGAUCUCAGUGGUAUCAUCGAUCUGGUUGAAGUCAUUCGCAUUCAAGCAUCUGGACCUACCGAAGCUGCCAGAGCUAUUCGUAAGAAGCUCAAGUAUGGCAAUGCCCAUCGCCAAAUCAGAGCUCUUACCAUCCUGGAUGGUCUGAUUCAAAAUGCUGGAAACCGCUUCCAAAAGACUUUUGCCGAUGAACCUUUACUCGAGCGUCUCCGACUCAUGGUCCGAGAUGACAUGGUCGACAUCGAUGUACGCAACAAGUGCAACGUACUCUACCGCCAAUGGGCCGUAGCCUACAAAGAUACUCCUGGUCUCCACAACAUUGCAACACUGUACAAGCAACUACCUCAGAAGCCUCGCCCUCGUCACAGUCAAGCGCAAUCAAAGGUUCUUCGCGAGACAGAGGAAGAUGCUCGCGAAGACCCUGCACCGACUCCUCCGCCUGCUCCUGCUGGUGGACAUUCCCGGGGCCACUCACGGACGAGCUCUGCUGCCAAUGCUUCUGCUUCAACUUCUCGCCCUGUCUCGCUUACACCAACACCCCAUUACUCUUUCCGUGAUGCUGUCAAGGCAUCCACGAAAAAGAAGGACAAGAAUGCCUCCACGAAAUUCGACUUCCAGAAGGAAAAGCCGAACAUGAUUCAAAGUAUAGCUCAAGCGUCAAUUGCCUCGACUAAUCUCCUCAAUGGUCUUCAACUCAUCAACCGCGAAAACGAGCGAGUUUCCGAGAACCCAGAGGUUAUGAACCGGUUCGAGGUGUGCAAGUUACUGAGAAGGAACAUUUUGAGAUAUAUUCAACUGGUGGAAAGUGACGAGUGGAUUGGAAGUCUGCUGUCCGCAAAUGACGAAUUGGUCAAAGCACUCACUAGCUACGAGAUCAUGGAUAGAGCACUUGACGACGACAGCGAUAGUGACGCUUGGGAACAGGCGCCUGAACAUGGAUCUCACGCCACUGGUGCCGAAUCACAGCUUGCUGGACUUAAACUCGGUGGAGAGGAAGCAGCACCACCUAAACCUCCUCGACCUACUAAUCUUGCUAUGCCCGCUGUACCUAGUUUUGGCAAGGCAAAAGCAGAGGAAAGUGAUGACAGCGAGAAUGAGUACGAGGAAGAUGACGAGGACGAUCCAUUUGGAGAUUCCAAUGCGGUUAAGACACCUCAUGUGGAGAGACCGGGUAUGACCUGGAAGCAAGUCUAG